AUGUUGCACAAGUUGUGCAGCCACACUACACCAUGCUGCAACUCUAUGUUCUGCGGACACAUACCUGCACGGCGACGCCCUGCAGUGCGUGCUGCGGCGCGGGCGAGCGCAGCAGGUAGGGCGUCCACACGAUGGCCAUGUUGCACAAGUUGUGCAGCCCCACUACACCAUGCUACAACUCUAUGUUCUGCGGACACAUACCUGCACGGCGACGCCCUGCAGUGCGUGCUGCGGCGCGGGCGAGCGCAGCAGGUUGGGCGUCCACACGAUGGCCAUGUUGCACAAGUUGUGCAGCCACUCUACACCAUGCCGCAACUCUAUGUUCUGCGGACACAUACCUGCACGGCGACGCCCUGCAGCGCGUGCUGCGGCGCGGGCGAGCGCAGCAGGUUGGGCGCCCACACGAUGGCCAUGUUGCACAAAUUGUGCAGCCACACUACACCAUGCUGCAACUCUAUGUUCUGCGGACACAUACCAGCACGGCGACGCCCUGCAGUGCGUGCUGCGGCGCGGGCGAGCGCAGCAGGUUGGGCGCCCACACGAUGGCCAUGUUGCACAAGUUGUGCAGCCACACUACACCAUGCUGCAACUCUAUGUUCUGCGGACACAUACCUGCACGGCGACGCCCUGCAGUGCGUGCUGCGGCGCGGGCGAGCGCAGCAGGUAGGGCGUCCACACGAUGGCCAUGUUGCACAAGUUGUGCAGCCCCACUACACCAUGCUGCAACUCUAUGUUCUGCGGACACAUACCAGCACGGCGACGCCCUGCAGUGCGUGCUGCGGCGCGGGCGAGCGCAGCAGGUUGGGCGCCCACACGAUGGCCAUGUUGCACAAGUUGUGCAGCCACACUACACCAUGCUGCAACUCUAUGUUCUGCGGACACAUACCUGCACGGCGACGCCCUGCAGUGCGUGCUGCGGCGCGGGCGAGCGCAGCAGGUAGGGCGUCCACACGAUGGCCAUGUUGCACAAGUUGUGCAGCCACACUACACCAUGCUACAACUCUAUGUUCUGCGGACACAUACCUGCACGGCGACGCCCUGCAGUGCGUGCUGCGGCGCGGGCGAGCGCAGCAGGUUGGGCGUCCACACGAUGGCCAUGUUGCACAAGUUGUGCAGCCACUCUACACCAUGCCGCAACUCUAUGUUCUGCGGACACAUACCUGCACGGCGACGCCCUGCAGCGCGUGCUGCGGCGCGGGCGAGCGCAGCAGGUUGGGCGCCCACACGAUGGCCAUGUUGCACAAGUUGUGCAGCCACACUACACCAUGCUGCAACUCUACGUUCUGCGGACACAUACCUGCACGGCGACGCCCUGCAGUGCGUGCUGCGGCGCGGGCGAGCGCAGCAGGUUGGGCGUCCACACGAUGGCCAUGUUGCACAAGUUGUGCAGCCACACUACACCAUGCUGCAACUCUAUGUUCUGCGGACACAUACCUGCACGGCGACGCCCUGCAGUGCGUGCUUCGGCGCGGGCGAGCGCAGCAGGUUGGGCGUCCACACGAUGGCCAUGUUGCACAAGUUGUGCAGCCACACUACACCAUGCUGCAACUCUAUGUUCUGCGGACACAUACCUGCACGGCGACGCCCUGCAGUGCGUGCUGCGGCGCGGGCGAGCGCAGCAGGUUGGGCGUCCACACGAUGGCCAUGUUGCACAAGUUGUGCAGCCACACUACACCAUGCUACAACUCUAUGUUCUGCGGACACAUACCUGCACGGCGACGCCCUGCAGUGCGUGCUGCGGCGCGGGCGAGCGCAGCAGGUUGGGCGUCCACACGAUGGCCAUGUUGCACAAGUUGUGCAGCCACACUACACCAUGCUGCAACUCUAUGUUCUGCGGACACAUACCUGCACGGCGACGCCCCGCAGUGCGUGCUGCGGCGCGGGCGAGCGCAGCAGGUUGGGCGUCCACACGAUGGCCAUGUUGCACAAGUUGUGCAGCCACACUACACCAUGCUGCAACUCUAUGUUCUGCGGACACAUACCUGCACGGCGACGCCAUUCUGCGGACACAUGCACGGCGACGCCCUGCAGUGCGUGCUGCGGGCGGGCGAGCGCAGCAGGUUGGGCGUCCACACGAUGGCCAUGUUGCACAAGUUGUGCAGCCACACUACACCAUGCUGCAACUCUAUGUUCUGCGGACACAUACCUGCACGGCGACGCCCUGCAGUGCGUGCUGCGGCGCGGGCGAGCGCAGCAGGUUGGGCGUCCACACGAUGGCCAUGUUGCACAAGUUGUGCAGCCACACUACACCAUGCUGCAACUCUAUGUUCUGCGGACACAUACCUGCACGGCGACGCCCUGAAGGGCGUGCUGCGGCGCGGGCGAGCGCAGCAGGUUGGGCGUCCACACGAUGGCCAUAUUGCACAAGUUGUGCAGCCACACUACACCAUGCUGCAACUCUAUGUUCUGCGGACACAUACCUGCACGGCGACGCCCUGCAGCGCGUGCUGCGGCGCGGGCGAGCGCAGCAGGUUGGGCGCCCACACGAUGGCCAUGUUGCACAAGUUGUGCAGCCACACUACACCAUGCUGCAACUCUAUGUUCUGCGGACACAUACCGGCACGGCGACGCUCUGCAGCGCGUGCUGCGGCGCGGGCGAGCGCAGCAGGUUGGGCGUCCACACGAUGGCCAUGUUGCACAAGUUGUGCAGCCACACUACACCAUGCUGCAACUCUAUGUUCUGCGGACACAUACCUGCACGGCGACGCCCUGCAGUGCGUGCUGCGGCGCGGGCGAGCGCAGCAGGUUGGGCGUCCACACGAUGGCCAUGUUGCACAAGUUGUGCAGCCACACUACACCAUGCUGCAACUCUAUGUUCUGCGGACACAUACCUGCACGGCGACGCCCUGCAGUGCGUGCUGCGGCGCGGGCGAGCGCAGCAGGUUGGGCGUCCACACGAUGGCCAUGUUGCACAAGUUGUGCAGCCACACUACACCAUGCUGCAACUCUAUGUUCUGCGGACACAUACCUGCACGGCGACGCCCUGCAGUGCGUGCUGCGGCGCGGGGGAGCGCAGCAGGUUGGGCGUCCACACGAUGGCCAUGUUGCACAAGUUGUGCAGCCACACUACACCAUGCUGCAACUCUAUGUUCUGCGGACACAUACCGGCACGGCGACGCUCUGCAGCGCGUGCUGCGGCGCGGGCGAGCGCAGCAGGUUGGGCGCCCACACGAUGGCCACGUUGCACAAGUUGUGCAGCCACACUACACCAUGCUGCAACUCUAUGUUCUGCGGACACAUACCUGCACGGCGACGCCCUGCAGUGCGUGUUGCGGCGCGGGCGAGCGCAGCAGGUUGGGCGUCCACACGAUGGCCAUGUUGCACAAGUUGUGCAGCCCCACUACACCAUGCUGCAACUCUAUGUUCUGCGGACACAUACCUGCACGGCGACGCCCUGCAGUGCGUGCUGCGGCGCGGGCGAGCGCAGCAGGUUGGGCGUCCACACGAUGGCCAUGUUGCACAAGUUGUGCAGCCACACUACACCAUGCUGCAACUCUAUGUUCUGCGGACACAUACCUGCACGGCGACGCCCUGCAGCGCGUGCUGCGGCGCGGGCGAGCGCAGCAGGUUGGGCGCCCACACGAUGGCCAUGUUGCCCAAGUUGUGCAGCCACACUACACCCUGCUGCAACUCUAUGUUCUGCGGACACAUACCUGCACGGCGACGCCCUGCAGUGCGUGCUGCGGCGCGGGCGAGCGCAGCAGGUUGAGCGUCCACACGAUGGCCAUGUUGCACAAGUUGUGCAGCCACACUACACCAUGCUGCAACUCUAUGUUCUGCGGACACAUACCUGCACGGCGACGCCCUGCAGUGCGUGCUGCGGCGCGGGCGAGCGCAGCAGGUUGGGCGCCCACACGAUGGCCAUGUUGCGCAAGUUGUGCAGCCACACUACACCAUGCUGCAACUCUAUGUUCUGCGGACACAUACCUGCACGGCGACGCCCUGCAGUGCGUGCUGCGGCGCGGGCGAGCGCAGCAGGUUGGGCGUCCACACGAUGGCCAUGUUGCACAAGUUGUGCAGCCACACUACACCAUGCUGCAACUCUAUGUUCUGCGGACACAUACCUGCACGGCGACGCCCUGCAGUGCGUGCUGCGGCGCGGGCGAGCGCAGCAGGUUGGGCGUCCACACGAUGGCCAUGUUGCACAAGUUGUGCAGCCACACUACACCAUGCUGCAACUCUAUGUUCUGCUGA